GACGUGCGCAGUGAUCAAAGCCGUGCAGAGUGUCGGAGAGGGCGGUCGUAUUACGUUCAGUAUCUUCUUCGUCGCGCGAUUCGCGGAGACGCGAGUUAUAUACGUAUGUGCGCGCGCGGUCCGCGGCGACCGGUCGAUGUGAGGAAGCAAAGCGCGACAACGAGAACAGCGACAGCACAACCAGAAAUGAUGGCGCGCCGCCGUGUGAUUUGACAAGUGGGGAAAGAAGCGCUCGAUGGGAAAAGUGUUUCGUUAAAUAGUACCGAGGUGGUUCUCAUACAAGCUUGAGGGUAUCCGCUGUGCGCAACCCUGCGUGUAAUUCUGAUAUUGGGAUAUCGCACCGUGGACCGACGUUGAAAAUUAACGAGAGAAAGCGGAAGUAUCAACAGGGUGGGGGAAACAAGAACGGCGACGACGGAGGUGGUGACGGUGGCGGCGGCAGCGGCGGCUGCGACGAGGGCGUGAGACGACGAGAGGGUGAAUCGACAGUACGGCCAAAGGAUGACGGGCGAGGACGGAAAGCGCGGUAGCGGCGCCGGCGAUGUUACAACUGGAGCAAACAUGAACGCAAACGUCACCGACAACGCCAAUAAUGUUAACGCCAAUGUUAACGCUAACAUAAACGUCAGUCAGCAGAACGGCGGACCGGAGAAGGCACCCGUUGUCGGCGGUACUAAUGUGGAAACAUUACCACGCGCCGGAAAACAGAGCGAUCCCAGUACUGCAUUUUUGCGGGCAGCUCGUGCUGGGCAACUCGAAAAGGUUUUGGAAUAUUUGGAAUCCGGAGUAGAUAUCAAUGCUUCUAACGCUAAUGGCUUAAACGCUUUGCAUCUGGCAGCUAAAGACGGCCACUUGGAAAUCGUGAGAGAACUCCUAAAUCGCGGCGCAGUUGUGGAUGCCGCUACCAAAAAGGGAAACACGGCAUUGCACAUAGCUUCUCUCGCUGGGCAAGAAGAGGUUGUACAAUUGUUGGUGCAACGAAAUGCUUCAGUUAAUGCACAAUCGCAAAAUGGGUUCACGCCGCUAUACAUGGCUGCCCAGGAAAACCACGAUUCUGUGGUCAAGUACCUUCUCAACAAGGGUGCGAAUCAAACAUUGGCCACCGAGGAUGGUUUUACACCAUUAGCGGUAGCUAUGCAACAGGGUCAUGACAAGGUAGUGGCUGUACUAUUAGAAAACGAUACUCGUGGUAAAGUUCGACUGCCUGCUCUACACAUCGCCGCUAAGAAAGACGACUGCAAGGCGGCUGCCCUACUUUUGCAAAACGACCAUAAUCCCGAUGUAACAUCGAAAAGCGGUUUUACCCCGCUUCACAUAGCCGCACAUUAUGGCAACGACCGAAUCGCUUCCUUGCUAUACGAUAGAGGUGCGGAUGUUAAUUUCGCAGCAAAGCAUAAUAUCACACCGAUGCAUGUAGCAGCGAAAUGGGGCAAAAUUAAGAUGGUUAAUCUUCUCAUGAGCAAGGGAGCAAACAUCGAAGCAAAAACGAGAGAUGGUCUAACUCCUCUGCACUGUGCGGCCAGAUCUGGCCAUCACGAAGUAGUCGACAUUCUCAUCGAAAAAGGGGCCCCUAUAGGUUCAAAAACAAAGAACGGUCUUGCACCGUUACACAUGGCUUCUCAAGGGGAUCACGUUGACGCCGCGAGAAUUUUAUUGUACCACCGUGCACCCGUGGACGAAGUGACGGUGGACUAUUUGACCGCUCUGCAUGUAGCUGCACACUGCGGUCACGUACGCGUAGCUAAAUUACUUCUCGAUAGAAACGCCGAUCCCAAUGCGCGAGCGCUCAACGGAUUUACUCCUCUUCAUAUUGCAUGUAAGAAAAAUCGUAUAAAAGUAGUCGAACUCCUCUUGAAGCACAAAGCGAGCAUCGAAGCUACGACUGAGUCUGGAUUAACCCCAUUACACGUAGCGAGUUUUAUGGGGUGUAUGAAUAUUGUGAUUUACUUAUUACAACACGAAGCUAGCCCCGACAUACCGACAGUAAGAGGUGAAACGCCAUUACAUUUAGCUGCCAGAGCGAACCAAACUGAUAUUAUUAGGAUACUUCUUAGGAAUGGCGCCCAAGUCGAUGCCAGAGCAAGAGAGGAACAGACACCUCUUCACGUCGCUUCUCGCUUGGGUAACGUCGAUAUUGUGAUGUUACUAUUGCAGCAUGGCGCGGGCGUAGAUGCAACAACGAAGGAUUUAUAUACUCCGCUUCAUAUCGCUGCUAAAGAAGGCCAAGAGGAGGUUGCAUCCGUUUUAUUAGAAAAUAGUGCAUCGCUUACUGCAACGACCAAGAAAGGAUUUACUCCUUUGCAUUUAGCGGCCAAAUACGGCAAUAUGAAUGUAGCUCGAUUGUUAUUACAAAAGAACGCACCUGUCGACGCUCAGGGAAAAAAUGGAGUAACGCCUCUUCAUGUAGCGUCUCAUUACGAUCAUCAGAACGUAGCUUUACUUUUACUCGAUAAAGGAGCUUCUCCCCAUGCUAUGGCUAAAAAUGGUCACACACCUUUGCAUAUCGCUGCACGCAAAAAUCAGAUGGAUAUUGCAACUACUUUGCUAGAGUAUGGUGCAAAAGCUAAUGCAGAAUCAAAGGCGGGUUUUACGCCGCUACAUUUAAGUGCACAAGAAGGCCAUACUGAUAUGUCAACCCUUCUUAUUGAACAUAAAGCAGAUACAAAUCACAAAGCAAAGAAUGGCCUUACACCUCUACAUUUAUGCGCACAAGAAGAUAAAGUGAACGUCGCUUCUAUUCUCGUAAAGAAUGGCGCUCAGAUUGAUGCUAAAACUAAGGCUGGAUAUACACCAUUGCAUGUGGCAUCUCAUUUUGGUCAAGCAGCCAUGGUACGAUUUCUUCUAAGAUCUGGUGCUGCUGUUGACAGUAGCACCAAUGCUGGCUAUACACCUCUCCAUCAAGCAGCACAACAAGGACAUACACUUGUCAUUAAUCUGCUACUGGAAAGUAAAGCUAAACCGAAUGCUGUAACUAAUAAUGGACAGACUGCUCUGGAUAUUGCACAAAAGCUUGGUUAUAUUAGCGUCAUUGAAACAUUAAAAGUUGUAACAGAGACUAUCAUUACAACAACUCAUACCGUUACCAUUGAAGAGAAAUACAGAGUUCAAGCACCCGAAUCCAUGCAGGAGACAUUUAUGAGUGACAGCGAAGACGAAGGGGGUGGUGAUGAAAUCGGCACGGCAGCCAUGAAUGUGUACGGGCAGCCUCCGCACGCGCAACACGUGUACCUUCCCUCUUACUACCAGGGCCAAAUGACCUAUACCCGUGAAGAUCCAAUGCUCAGCGACCAACAGCAGUACCGCUACAUGACUGUUGACGAUAUGAAAUCCAUGGGGGAUGACUCGAUGCGCGUGAACGUGACGGACGAUGAAAGAGAUAACCGACAUUCCGGAGCGCCAACCAUAACAGAAAUGAUUACGAAAGAGAAUUAUCAACGUACGAACGCGGCCAGUCUUAAGCCAGACAAUGUAGACAUCAAUAGGCACCCUGUGCAUGUCGGAAUUCCACAGUGGAGAAACUUUCUGGUUUCCUUCUUGGUGGACGCAAGAGGCGGCGCAAUGCGCGGAUGCAGGCACAGCGGCGUCCGCGUGAUUGUUCCGCCACGCAAAGCCGCAAUGCCUAUGCGUGUCACAUGCAGAUAUUUAAGAAGGGACAAACUGACCAAUCCACCACCCCUGAUGGAGGGAGAAGCAUUGGCCAGCCGCAUCCUCGAGUUGGGUCCCGUGGGUGCAAAAUUUUUAGGCCCUGUUAUCAUAGAGGUACCGCACUUCGCGUCGCUGCGCGGAAAAGAACGGGAGAUAGUAAUUCUACGAUCGGACAAUGGGGAGACCUGGCGCGAGCACACUUUGGAAGCCAGCGAGGAGGCUGUUCAAGAUGUGCUUAAUGAGAGCUUUGAAGGAGAAGAGCUAAGCCAAUUAGAGGAUCUCCAAACGUCUCGUAUCGUGAGGAUACUCACUGUAGACUUUCCGCAUUACUUCGCGGUAGUAUCUCGCAUCAGGCAAGAGGUCCAUGCGGUCGGUCCCGAGGGUGGUACUGUAUCGUCAUCUGCUGUACCACAAGUACAAGCUGUCUUCCCGCAAGCAGCCCUUACCAAGAAGAUUAGAGUCGGUUUACAGGCACAUCCUAUACCGGCGGAUCUGGUGGCUAAGUUACUCGGAAAUAGAGUAGCUGUGUCGCCGAUCGUUACUGUGGAACCCAGACGAAGAAAGUUCCACAAACCGAUAACUUUAACUAUCCCAGUGCCACAGGCUGCCAAUAAAGGCAUGAUCAACCAGUACUCUGGGGAUGCGCCGACUUUGAGACUCCUGUGUAGCAUAACUGGGGGUCAGACUCGGGCAGUCUGGGAGGACGUCACAGGCUCGACACCGUUAACCUUUGUGAAAGACUGUGUUUCCUUCACUACUACAGUUUCCGCUCGCUUUUGGUUAAUGGAUUGCCGUAACAUCUCCGAGGCUACGAAAAUGGCUACGGAACUUUACACGCAUGCGACACAUGUACCCUUUAUGGCUAAGUUUGUAGUGUUUGCAAAACGGAUAGAUCCAUUGGAAGCGAGAUUACGUGUAUUCUGUAUGACAGAUGAUAAAGAAGACAAAACUUUAGAGCAUCAGGAACAUUUUACGGAAGUCGCAAAAAGUAGAGACGUCGAGGUUUUGGAGGGAAAAACUCAAUAUAUGGAAUUCUCGGGAAAUCUCGUGCCUGUACUGAAAACUGGCGAACAACUUCAGCUACCAUUUAGAGCUUUCAAAGAAAAUAGAGUUCCGUUUACCGCGAGGAUAAAAGAUCCAGAUGCCGCGGAUAUGAUGGGGCGAAUUAUGUUUAUGAGUGAGCCCAAAGUUCCGAGAGGUGAAUUGCCGCAAACGCCGAUCUGCACGCUAAAUAUUUUGCUGCCAGAAAAGAUUUCUCCGGAUACUGCAGUCUCCGAGCUCGAUUUAUUGGAGUUAUCCAAGAACUAUAGUUUUUUGCGCGAUGGCGGAAUAAGUAGACCAGAUGCCAUACAUAGAGCGACUAUUCGUUUAACAGACAUUGCCAAUCUAUUGGAUAAAGAUUGGGAACCGCUAGCGGAAGAAUUAAACAUCCCGCCGAAUGAUGUAGCCUUAAUAAAGCAAGAGUAUCCCGAUAAACCCGCACAACAAGCCGCUGCCAUGUUCAAAAUUUGGCAAAACAAUGGAAACAAAGCUACAGGAAAUACAUUAGAAAAGGCUCUCAAUAAGAUUGGACGAGAGGAUAUAGUGAACAAAUGUAUUUUUAAUGUUGAGCUAGUAACCGACGAUGUUGAAAAAGCUGUAGCAAGGGUAAGAUUGGAUCAGCCGGGAUUUGAUUCGCUAAAAGAGGAAUUGGGGCCGUCGAGAAAUACAUCGCUUCGCCGUGAUGCGACUAUGGAUCUCAAGAUGGAUCCUGAUUAUGAAGAACCGGAUAGAAUGAAGGAAUCUGAAUCGGUCGAGGAUCUCAGUACCACUGGAAGCAUGCACGAUAAAUCUAAAGAGCACAUCACAAUCACAAACGGCACUGUAUUCAACGGAACCUCGACCCCCAUCAAAGACAAAUAUGCGAGCGAUGAGAAAGAGCUCGGCGACAUGAUGGCUGAUUACCUUGAGCAGAAAUGUCACAUGGCCGACACGAUGAGCAAAAAAUCGCGCGACGAGCUGGAUGAUUUGGAUAAAAAACGCCAAAAGGUGAUUGCCGACGCCAACAAAAUAGUCUCUGGUGUAAUAGCAGACGCAGAGAAAGAGAAGGGGAAGUUAGCGAAGGAAGGGUGGUCGGUGGUUUAUGAUGAUGAUGCGCGGGACAGUAAAGAGGCACGGGGUGCGAUAGGGCAGACUUUAACUAACAUACAGUUAGAUAAAACGGCCACAGAGCCGAAAGGUAUAGUUUCCAAACCGGUCGUCGAACAAGUUCCUAGUAUCGAGCCACCGAUGGUUAGGCAAUAUCACAGUGAAAAACCGGAUCCUAGGGUUAGCAUUUUAAAAACAGCAAUUUCCGUUAGUGAUGAUUCAAAAGUAAGUCCAUCAGUAAUUACUAAGACUACGAUAAUAAAACAGUUUGAUCAAACGCCGGCUAAGACUACGACCACUACAGAAACAGUAAUUGUUUUACCGGAUAAGAAAGAUGUUGUUAGCGAAAAAGAAAAACUAUCUAAGGAAGGUAAGGAAAUUGAUGAAAAAUUGGUUCAAGGUGCAAUUCCUACGAGCGUUAUGCAAAAAACUGUACAGGUAGAAAGUGUAACUCGAACUGAUCAGAAAAUGUCGGAAGUAAAGGCAGAUAUGAGUAAGGAAAAAGAUAAAGAUAAAGCAAAGGAUAAGGAUAAAGAAAAGAAUAAAGAUACUAUUGUGAAGUCAACGAAACCAUCAGCUUAUGAAGAUAUUUACAAUGUACAGCAUCCGACAGAUAAUACGGACGAAAAAUCAGACGAAGAAACGAAGAAAACGAAAGAUAAAAGCAGCGGAAUUUUUUCGAACAUUUUUAAAGGUUCUAAAUUAAAGAAAGGUAAGAAAGGUUCGAAAGACGUAUCCUUUGACAGUGGUGAUGAAGAAUUGCCGAAGGCUAUCGUAACGAAAGUUUCGGAACAGCAGCCAGAACAUCCGCCAGAACAUCCUUCUAGCGAAAUAAUAGAUUCGUCUUUUGACAGUAGACUUCCAGAAAUCAUUGUCGCGCCUGAUGUAAAAUUGGCUACCGUUGAAUUCUUAAAUGACUCCAGACGUAUUGCCGCGGACGUGCCUUAUGAAAGUUUCGCUAAACCAACAGAAAAAGAAGAUAAGAAAGUAGAAUCCACAGAGAGUGACGAUGAUAGUAAAGAUAAAACUGGCUUCUUCUCGAAUUUGUUUAAAAGCAAAUCUAAAAAAGAUGACGAUGGAACGGUUAUACCAGUCAUUCAUGUUGAAAAACCAAAAGAAAGUGCAGAGCAAAUUGCGAAGAAAGAGAAAAAGAGACUGGCAGCGCUUGCAAAGGAAAAAGAAGAACUGCUGGAAUUACAAAUGAAAGAAAAGGCGGAGGAAGCCGAAAUACCUAGUACAAUUGAGAAAGAAGUAGAAAAAGCUACAACGAAAGACGUGAAAGCCAAAGAUAUCGAGAGCAAAGAGGUCGAAAAAACAAUUGUUACAACAGAUGAGCAGUCGCAUAGUAAAGAUGAUAAAAAGGAAGAAGAACAGGUAAAGGAGAAGGGUAGCUUUUUUGGCAUUUUUAAGAGUCCAAAGUCUAAGGAGAAGAAAUUGAAAGAAACGUCCUUUGACAACGGUGACGAGGAGAUCCGAAUCGCAACAGAGAAACUUUUAGACGACACGCGAAAGAUUACUGAUUUCAAUGAGUCACCGGUUGCAUAUAAAAGCGAUGAUUCGAAAAGCAUUCCUAAAGAAGAGAUACAUACUUUUGUGUCGACUACUCAUUAUGACAUUGAUAUUCCCGCUGAUAAAAUCGGCAAAUCUUAUGAUGUUGUACAAACCAUGACGAAAACUGAGAAAACUAUUAUUCACGAGGAAAUAAAUGGAAAAGCGGAUAUUGACGAAAAUAAAGAUCAAAAAGGAGAAAAAAAAGAUGCUGAGAAACCCGCUUCAGAGAUUAAAUCUGAAAUAUCUGAAAUGGAAAAAGUAAGCGACGACACCAAGGAAAAAAGCGGCGGCUUCUUCGGUAUUUUUAAGAGCCCAAAGUUGAAAAGUAAGAAAAGAAGCAGAUCCCGAGAACAAAGCUCUUCGAAGGAUACCUCCUUCGAUAGUGGAGACGAGGAAGUUCGACUAGCAACGGCAAAACUUCUGGAAGAUACGAAACAGAUGGCAGAAAACCUACAACAUCCAACUGGAGAAAUAUCAGAAACAGUUACAAAAACUCCACCCAUCGAUCAUGUAGAGAUCAAAAAAUCUAUUAUCCACGAGGAUGAAGUCACUGAAAAAGAUAAGGGAAGCGGUAUUUUUAGUAUAUUUAGAAGUCCCAAACAAGCAAGGAGUUCCAGAAGUAGAUCCAAAGAAAAGACUCCGUCGCUCGAAUUGCCGGAUAGUGGUCAAGAGGAUCUACGAAACGUAACAGCGAAAUUCUUAGAGGAUUCUCGAAAUGCGGCGAUUAUCACAGACGAGUUGAUAAAACCGGAGCAUUUGGGACAUAAAAUUACAACUGAAACGAAAGAUACAGACGAUAAAUUGAUAGCAGAUGUGAAAAAAAUUGAACAUGACAUUGUGAAUGUAGUAGAAGAUGUUUGUAAAAUUACCAAGGAUGAUCAAGAUACGAUUGGCAAAAAAGUAGAAGAGAAAAUACAUGAUAUCGUCGAUAGCGCUGAAGCUAAAGAUAAAACAAUCAAGGAAGCUAAGAAAGCAAAAGAGAAAGGAUCAGGAUUUCUCUCAGGAAUAUUCAAAGGCGCGAAACACGCCGUGGAAGAAGUAUCCGAUGAUAUCAAAGAAUUCUUAGAUGAUACGAAGAAAGAAGCUACCUUAGAAGAAGCGCGAGACAGAGAAACGACAACCGCUGGUUUAAAAGAUUUGGAAGAAAAGAAGGACAGUGUGGUUGCUAGCGCAAAAGAUACUACUGACAAAGUUGCGACUGAUAUGAAAGAUGACAAAGAUAAAAUAAUAUCUGCUAUGAAGGGAAAGAAAAACGAAAUCACAGAGAAAAUUUCAAAAGAUAUAGAAAAGGCUGCGGAUAACACGAAAGUCGUUACUGACAUAGUACCAGAUACAAAGAAAAUUGGAGCAAAAAUAGAGAUCACUGCAAAAGACGUCGCACAUGCUGACGAAAAAAUUAAAGAAACAACGGAAAUAAAGGAAGACGCGACAGCUGCGAAAGAAAAGUUAUCUUCCGAUGCUGACUUGGCUAUUGAUGCUGUAGUGUCUGCCAAGGACAAAGCAGCCAAGGAAGCAAAGAAAAUUAAAGAGAAAGGAACCGGUUUCUUCUCUGGAAUAUUUAAAGGUGCAAAACACACCGUAGAUGAUGCGGCUAACGGUGUUAAAGAAUUGUUAGAUGAGACAAAGAAAGAAGCUGUAUUAGAAGAAAAUUCCAGCAGCAAAGAAAAAGCAGCAGCGAGUCUCAAAGAUUUAAAAAAUCAAAAAGAUAUUAUUGUGACUGAAGUUCAAGAAACUACAGACAAAGCUGUCACUGAUGCUAAAGAUGCGAAGGACAAAACAAUCUCUAUAGCAAAAGAGAAAAAAGAUAAAAUUGUAGAAAAAAUUUCUGAAGAGACACAACAAAUUGCUACGACUACGAAAAUAGCCGGUGACAAAAUUGGAAAGGAAACGAAAAAAAUCGCUGAAAAAAUAGGAGCAGCUGCGGCAGAUAUAGCGCAAGAUGUUAAGGAUACUAAGAAUGAAGCAGUAAAGGAAGUAAAAGAAGAUACAACAUUACUGAAACAAAAACUAUCAGCAGGCACUGAUCUUGCUGUAGAAAAGGCAGAUAGAGCUAAGGAUAAAACGACGAAAGAAGCGAAGAAAGCCAAAGACAAAACUGGUGGCUUUUUAUCCAGUAUAUUUAAAAGCGCCAAACAUGCUGUAGAAGAUGCAACUGACGAUGUCAAAGAAUUUCUGGAUGAAACAAAAAAGGAAGCUGCAUUGGAAGAGGAGCAUGCUAAAGAAGAAAUAGCAAUAUCCUUGAAAGAGGUAAAAGAUAAAAAGGAUGCUGUUGUUUCAGGAGUUCAAGAGACCGCAGAAAAAGUUGCGGCCGACACGAAAGACGCAAAAGAUACAGCGAUUUCCGCUGUUAAAGAUAAAAAAGAUAAGAUUGUAGAAGAAAUCUCCAAAGAUACUCAGAAAGUCGCCGAUACUACGAAAGAUGUUGGUGAAAAAAUAACAUUGGAAACGAAAAAGAUAGAUGAGAAAAUAGAAUCAACUGUGUUAGAUGUUGUUCAAAAUAUUAAAGAUACUAAAGAUACAGCGAUUAAAGAAGCGGGAGAAGAUAUAAAAUUAGUCAAAGACAAAGUAACUGCGGGUGUUGAUGCGGUCACAAAAAGUGCAGAGGAUAUCAAGGAUAAAGCAGCGAAAGAAGCAAAGAAAGGGAAGGAAAAAACAAGUGGAUUUUUCUCAGGCAUAUUUAAAGGUGCAAAACAUACUGCAGAACACGCGACUGAGGAUGUUAAAGAAUUCUUAGAUGAAACGAGAAGAGAAGCUUCAUUAGAAAAAGAAUAUGCUAAGAAAGAAAUUUCCGUGGGUCUCAAAGAUUUAAAACAUAAAAAGGAUGUUGUAGUUACCAAAAUACAAGAAACUGCAGAAAGAACAGCUGCUGAUGCGAAAGAUGUAAAGGAUAAAACAAUUUCUGAUGUUAAAGAUAAAAAAGAUAAAAUCGUAGAAGAUAUUUCCAAAGAAGCUCAUAAAGUUGCCGAUACAACGAAAACAGUUAGUGAGAAAAUAACAGCAGAAACGAAGAAGAUAAGUGAGAAAAUAGAAACAACUGCGGCUAAUAUUACGCAGGAUGUUAAAGAUACAGUAGUAAAAGAGUUGAAAGAAGAUACAACGUCAGUGAAAGAAAAAUUAUCAGCAAGCGCUGAUGUUGUUGCAGAGACUGCAGACAAAGCUAAGGAUAAAAUGACAAAAGAAGCGAAGAAAGCCAAAGACAAAACUGGUGGCUUUUUAUCCGGUAUAUUUAAAGGCGCCAAACAUGCUGUAGAAGAUGCAACUGACGAUGUCAAAGAAUUUCUGGAUGAGACAAAAAAGGAAGCUGUACUGGACGAAGAGCGUGCUAAAGAAAAAAUUGCAGUAUCCUUGAAAGAUGUAAAAGAUAAAAGGGAUGCUGUUGUUUCUGGAGUUCAAGAGACCGCAGAAAAAGUUGCGGCCGAUACAAGAGAUGCAAAAGAUAAAACGAUUUCCGGUAUUAAAGAUAAAAAAGAUAAGAUUGUUGAACAAAUUUCCAAAGAUACUCAGAAAGUCGCCGAUACUACGAAAGCAGCUAGUGACAAAAUAACAUCGGAAACGAAAGAGAUAAGUGAGAAAGUAGAAUCAACUGUGGUAGAUGUUGUUCAAAAUAUUAAAGAUACUAAAGAUACAGCGAUUAAAGAAGCGGGAGAAGAUAUAAAAUUAGUCAAAGACAAAGUAACUGCGGGUGUUGAUGCGAUCACAAAAAGUGCAGAGGAUAUCAAGGAUAAAGCAGCGAAAGAAGCAAAGAAAGGGAAGGAAAAAACAAGUGGAUUUUUUUCAGGCAUAUUUAAAGGUGCAAAACAUACUGCAGAACACGCGACUGAGGAUGUUAAAGAAUUCUUAGAUGAAACGAGAAGAGAAGCUUCAUUAGAAAAAGAAUAUGCUAAGGAAGAAAUUUCCGUGGGUCUCAAAGAUUUAAAAGAUAAAAAGGAUGCUGUAGUUACCAAAAUACAAGAAACUGCAGAAAGAACUGCUGCUGAUGCGAAAGAUGUAAAGGAUAAAACAAUUUCUGACGUUAAAGAUAAAAAAGAUAAAAUGGUAGAAGAGAUUUCCAAAGAAGCUCAUAAAGUUGCCGAUACAACGAAAGCAGCUAGUGAUAAAAUAACAGCAGAAACGAAGAAGAUAAGUGAGAAAAUAGAAACAACUGCGACUGAUAUUACGCAGGAUGUUAAAGAUACAGUAGUAAAAGAAUUGAAAGAAGAUACAACGUCAGUGAAAGAAAAAUUAUCAGCAAGCGCUGAUGUUGUUGCAGAGACUGCAGACAAAGCUAAGGAUAAAAUGACAAAAGAAGCGGAGAAAGCCAAAGACAAAACUGGUGGCUUUUUAUCCGGUAUAUUUAAAGGCGCCAAAUAUGCUGUAGAAGAUGCAACUGACGAUGUCAAAGAAUUUCUGGAUGAGACAAAAAAGGAAGCUAUACUGGAAGAAGAGCGUGCUAAAGAAAAAAUUGCAGUAUCCUUGAAAGAUGUAAAAGAUAAAAGGGAUGCUGUUGUUUCUGGAGUUCAAGAGACCGCAGAAAAAGUUGCGGCCGAUACAAGAGAUGCAAAAGAUAAAACGAUUUCCGUUAUUAAAGAUAAAAAAGAUAAGAUUGUUGAACAAAUUUCCAAAGAUACUCAGAAAGUCGCCGAUACUACGAAAGCAGCUAGUGACAAAAUAACAUCGGAAACGAAAGAGAUAAGUGAGAAAGUAGAAUCAACUGUGGUAGAUGUUGUUCAAGAUAUUAAAGAUACUAAAGAUACAGCGAUUAAAGAAGCGGGAGAAGAUAUAAAAUUAGUCAAAGACAAAGUAACUGCGGGUGUUGAUGCGGUCACAAAAAGUGCAGAGGAUAUCAAGGAUAAAGCAGCAAAAGAAGCAAAGAAAGGGAAAGAAAAAGCAAGUGGAUUCUUCUCAGGCAUAUUUAAAGGCGCAAAACACACUGCAGAACAGGCAACUGAAGAUAUUAAAGAAUUCUUAGAUGAAACGAGAAGAGAAGUUUCAUUAGAAAAAGAAUAUGCAACGGAAGAAGUUGCCGCAAGUCUCAAAGAUGUAAAAGAUAAAAGAGAUGGUGUUGUUACCAAAAUACAAGAGACUGCAGAGAAAACUGCUGCAGAUGCGAAAGAUGCAAAGAAUAAAGCAAUUUCUGAUGUUAAAGAUAAAAAAGAUAAAAUUACCGAUACAACGAAAGCAGCUGGCGAAAAAAUAACAACGGAAACAAAGGAGAUAAGUGAAAAAAUAAAAGUAACUGCGGCAGACAUUACGCAAGAUGUUAAAGAUAUUAAAGAUGCAGCAAUAAAGGAAGUGGAAGAGGAUACAACAUUAGUGAAAGAAAAAUUAGCAACAGGCACUGAUGUUGUUGUAGAACAAGCAGACAGAGCUAAGGAUAAAAUGUCGAAAGAAGCGAAAAAAGCCAAAGAUAAAACUAGUGGCUUUUUCUCUGGCAUAUUUAAAGGCGUCAAACAUGGUAUAGAAGACGCAACUGAUGACAUCAAAGAAUUUCUGGAUGAAACGAAAAAGGAAACUGCAUUGGAAGAAACGCAUGUUAAAGAAGUUACUGCUGCAAAACUUAAAGAUAUAGAAGAUAAAAAAGACAUUGCAGUUGCCGAGGACAAAACUAUAACAACCGUAAAAGAUAUGCAAGAUAAAAUCACAGAAAAAAUAUCUGAAGACUUUGAUAAAUUUACCGAUGCGGCCCAAAAUGCUAAGAAUAAAGUAACAUCAGAAGUGAAGGAAGUUGGCGAAAAAGUAGAUUCAACAGUACGAGACAUCACGCAAGGAGUUUCGGAUACAAAAGAUGCAACUGUUAUAGAAAUUAAGGAUGGUGUAAAAAUGGUUAAAGAAAAAUUAUCAGCUGAAAUUGAAACUGUUGCUGACGAUGUUAAAGGCAUGGCAACUAAAGAAGCAAAAAAAGCUAAAGAUAAGGGAUCUGGUUUUUUAUCUGGAAUAGUUAAAGGUGCGAAACACGCUGUCGAAAACGCGAGGGACGAUGUGAAAGAAUUUUUGGACGAAACAAAAUACGAAGCGGAAUUGGAAGAAGCUCGUGCUAAAGAAGCAGCUGGAUUGAAAGAACUGGAAUAUAAAAAAGAUAGUAAAGCCGACAGCGCUAAGAGUGUUACAAAAGACGUAACGACUGAUGUCAAAGAUAAACUUUCGGAGGACACAAUCCAAGUAGUCGGGACGACUGUUGUUGAUAAACUAGUAAUUGAAACAAAAAAAAUCGGUAAUGAAAUAGAAUUUAAAGUCGCAGAUGUUUCACAUGAUAUAAAAGAUGUCAAGGGAAGUGUUAGUAAGGAAAUGAAGAAAGAUACGAAGGCCGUGAAAAAUAAAUUAGUAACAAGUGCUGAUGCUGUUGCGGAAAGUACCAAAGUAACUAAGGAGAAGCUGGAAAAAGAUACCAAAAAGGCAAAAGACAAAGGUUCAGAUUUUCUCUCUGGAGUUAUUCAAGGUGCAAAACAUACAGGAAAGGAGAUUUCCGAUGAUGUGAAAGAUUUUCUGGAAUCAACCAAGCAAGAAGCAGCCGCUGAUGAAGCGCUUGCUAAAGUGAAAUUUAAAAAGCUCGAACAAGACAAAGCUACUGACGAGGUUAAGAUUGUUACAGAAAAACCUGUGAAGGGCGCGAGAGAUAUCAAGGAGAAGGGUUUUUCUGGCAUGAAAGGUGCGAAGGAAAAAACGAUUUCUACUGUAAGAAUGGCAGGAGAUAAGGUCAGACAAAAUGUAUCGCAAGCCGGCGAGAAAAUUAAAUCUACUAGUCACGACGCGACGCAGAAAGCUAAACUUGCCAAAGGUGCAAUCGUGAAAGAAACGAAAGAAGACACACAAGUAAUCAAAGAAAAGUUAACAACCGAUGCAGACAUUAUCGCGGACUCCAUGGAAAUCGCCAAGGACGAGACCACGAAAGAAGCUAAAAAAACUAAGCAAAAGGCAGGCGGUUUUCUAUCGGGCAUGGUAAAGAGUGCUAAACACGCAGUGGAAGACGUAACAGAUGACAUGAAAGAAUUUUUGGAAGAAACUAAACAGGAAGCAGUUGCUGAAGAAGCGCGUGCUAAAAGCGACGCUCAAGCGAAAGAUAAAUCCGCCAAAUUGUUAACUGAUGCAAAGGAUAAAUCUGUCGGUGCCGUUAAAGAUGCAUCAAAGAAGAGGAUUGUUCAGAAAGGAUCUAAAUCGCCACGUGAUGCGAAAGGCACGUCGGCGGAUGUAAUCUCGUCUAUUCCCAAAGAGAUGGGCAAAGUAAAAAAAACGCUAACGACUGAAACGAGAAAAGCCGGUGAUAAACUAGAAUCUAAGCUUAUAAACGAGCGUGUUCAGGAGGUAGGUGUACGAGAUAGUAUCGAGAUAAUUGGCAGACCGGAAGUGUCAGGCGAUGUUGAGCAUUUAAUUGAGACAGUUAGGGAUAAAAGAAUAUCUCGCAUUCCACAAAAGAUUAGUCCAAGCAAGGAAAUAACUGACGACGUCGUCACGAUAUCGGACGAUUCAGGUUUACGUAGAAUAGUAGAGACAGUAACUACGAUAGGGCACCCCGAGCCUCGCACACGGCACUCCGUCACCACAGUCGUGACAAAGUCUGUGCGAACGACUCCACCACCACCCGAUUCACUCGCCGAGUUCACUGACAGUAGAACCGAAGAUGUAACCGAAGAGGCUGCGAGACAGGCUCAACAUUUGGCAGAACAGGCGUCGUACACCUCGACGAAAGCAGGGCAUGAUUCGGCUGAGAUUGAUGGGACUGUAGAGAGGCAUGCUACUUCUGCUCCAUCAAAGCAACCUGUUCCCGCCCCGCGUCACUCCACCAAGCCGUCUAUCAAAUCCGAGUUCCAUCUGGAACUUGGUGAUGCCUCACGAAUACGUAAAACGGUCGAGCAACCGCUCAAACUGCAGGAAGCGCAAUCGUCAAGCAAGAACAAUAAUCUAAAGAGCAAGAUACCUCUUAAAAUCGAUUCUCGUACACCCCAAACAAGCGAUAAACUUGAAUCCGUUCCAUUAGAAUCCUCUAAAGAUCGUAUCACAGCUCCACAAGCGGUUUCGCGAACCGUUAAAUACGUUACCAGGGAACACAUGGAUGGAGAACUGAUCAAGGAAACAGCAAAAGAAAAGAGCGUAUCGCUCGAGGAUACACUUUCAAUGAUUAAACCGGACAACAUGAUCGAAACUGUGAUAAACGACAGAGUGGAAAUGACUCUUCCAAUAGAAGAAAUACGACGAACAACAACUACAAUUGUAACUAGCGAUCCAUCGGUUGAUCCUGAAAAAUUGGAGGAGCUUCUAAAGACAGGUGGAGUCGUUGAAACAGUAAGGACCGUAACUUUGACUUCGGAAGAUGAUGUUUUGCAACCCAUGACACGCGAGGAGGUUGUCAAGAGAAUAAAUCAAGUUGCUAGCGCCUUACCGAGCGAGAUCUUUGAUUUUGGUGAUAAGAAGUUUCCAGAUUUUUCCACCACGAUAAUAAAAACCGACAAGUCUGAAUCCGAUGAUGUGCAAACGAUUACGACCGUGCAACGGAUAACGAUGGAAGAGACGAUGCCAGAAACUGAGAAAAUCGAGAAGGUGGUGAGAACAGUGAUCUCCAGCAGUAGUGAUGGUGGCGAUAACUUCAGUGACGCGGAAGCCCUAAAGAAUCUUCGGGAGCGAUUAACGAAAUCUGAGAUUGGAGAGACAACUUCCUGGGUUUCGACGAUGGGUGAACAAUGGGAAACCAUGGCGCAAUACUCCCAAGACACAUCGCCCAGCUCUGGCAACGGCGGCGCCAUUGAUAUGUUUGUUGCCAGCAACAACAAGAAUGGUGGUAGCUCGAGACAUGAUAUGCACAGCGACACCGAUAGUGAUAGUUCACCACAACCUAGAAGACGAUCCCCGAGCAAGAGGCGUACGUUGGGCAGUUCCAGCGGGUCGGAUGUAGCACUGCACGAAGGUGCGGAGCUGUCCCCGUUGGAGGACGACCAAGAAUCUGACUUUUUGCAACAUAGCGAGCCAUCCUUCAUGGAAACGACAACGAUCGAGGUGGAUCCUGUCACACAGGAAAGUAUAACGACUACGCGAACGGAAUCGAGAACAGUAUCGUCCGUGGGAGCUGGUGGCACGGAUGAUUUACGCGAAUCUAUGCAGAAGAUCAUGGACACGUUCAUGUCAGAAGAAAGAAAGGACCAUUAGGAAUAGAAUGCGCUGCUGCCUUUCCAGCCUUCAUGAUGAAUAAAAAAGAGAAUUCGUCGAGGAGUUUUCGAUGUCGAUUCUCUCGCAAUUAAUUUUCGACGAAGCAUCUCGACUCCAUCGAUUUGACGUGUCCUCGAGUGUCAAGCGAUGAGUUUUUGAUUAUAUAAGGCCAAAGGCACAUCAAGACGCGUGCUCCUUCGAGAUGCUGCCUCUUUCUGAAGCCACAUAAAAGCAUGCACGAUGAUUUACUACCACGUUGCUCAUGGCCUAUGCUUCAGAUUUGCUUGCCUUUCCGUUCCGCUCGGUUGCCUUACUUCUUUACGUUCGUAAUCUCGCGAUCGAUGAUGUGUCUAUGUAUGUUGUUGCUAGUCCGACUAGCCGAUCCGCGCUAGUCUUCACUAUGCCAACCCGUCCAUGUACAACGCCUUUCUCGUGUUGUUCAAAGCUAUAAUGCGAAAUGGAAGGGAAGGAAAGAUAGGCGAAAAAAAUGUGAAUGGUGGAAGUGCAGCAGCAGAGGAUAAGAUCGUCUCGAUCGUGUGGCGAGCGAUUGUCUAGAUUAGUAUCAUUUUCGCAAGAAUAGUCCAUUUAAACUGUAGGAUGGUUGUAUAUCUAUCGCGCAAUAUGUCGCUUAAUAGAUCGGCAAUAAAUUAAUGAAUAUAUAUAUAUGUGUGUGUAUGUGUAUAUAUAUAUAUAUAUAUAUAUAUAUAUAUAUAUAUAUAUAUAUAUAUAUAUAUAUUCUUCAUUAAUACUUUUGACGAAUGGACAUAAAUCGUGAAUUUUGAAACGGAAAUAAUGAAAUUUCUUGUUGUUACUCGAUUCAAGUCGCGAAUUCAAGCAUAAUAAAAAAAAAAUGAAUUAGGAAAGAGGUGCCGAAUAUUUCGCGCACCGACUGUGUUGAUUUGAUUAACAGUGAGAAAUAUAAAUGUUUUUAUGCAUCGGAAUAUAAUGUAUAAAUUUAACUUGUUUAAAGAAUAUUUCCUAACAAUUUUUAAUUGUAUAUAUGAUAAUUUCUUAGCAUAACUUAUAUAUAUAUAUAAAUGUACUAUGGAUACGAUUGUAAUAAUUAUAAGAUGCUAACAGGAAUAUUUUAUUUAUAUAGCGAGCCUCUGGACACAAAUGUUAUGUGUUAAUUUGUAAGCUUGGAAGGGUUACAUUAUUAGCAUUUUGUCAUGUCACAUGAAACAGCGUAAAAGUAAAUAGCAAAAGUUAACAACAUAACAAUGUGCAGAGAUUUGUUUGAGACCUUGCGGAUCUGGAUUCAUUUUUAAUAUUCUAAGCCAGUGUUAGCUUUUGGUGUAUGACAGUUUGAGAAACACAGAAAAGAGAGGAGGAAAAGAAAAAAAAUCAUAUAAUAUAUAAAUAUAUUAAAACGAAAAUUAAAUAAGCUAUUCUAUUAAUGUAUGAUAUAUUGAAAGAUAUAAUAUGAUUAUGCUAUCUGAAGUUUAUAAAUUAUUGUCUAUAAUGACUGUUAUACUACGUUUAAUAGAAUUUGCCUAGAGCCCAUCUGACCUAAGGACCAAAGGCACAAUCACAUGCGCAUCAAAAUAAAAUAUAUGAUAUGCUCCUA